GGACGAUCAGCUGAGGAGGGAGGAGCUCGCAUCGGCCCCGCAACUUGUGUCUAAACAGCUCCGUGUUUCCCUAGCUGCCAUGUCUGCCUGACGAGCCCCGGAUCACAGGGCGAGCCCGGGAGCUGCCGCCAUGAGAAGAGACGGGGGAUGCGGCAUGAGGUCGGCGGUGGGCUUCCUCUCCCGCAGAGGCCUGCUCGGGGACCCCCUGCUGAAGGAGGACUUCCAGCGGAGGAGGCUGCAGGCCUGCAGGAACCUCUACAAGAAGGACCUGCUCGGACACUUCGGUUGUGUCAAUGCUAUCGAGUUCUCCAACAACGGGGGGCACAUGCUGGUGUCAGGAGGAGAUGACCGCCGCGUGUUGCUGUGGCACAUGGAAAGAGCCAUCCAAGCAAAAGCUAAGCCCAUCCAGCUUAAAGGGGAACAUCAUUCAAACAUCUUUUGCCUGGCGUUCAAUAGCUGCAAUACCAAGGUGUUCUCCGGAGGAAACGAUGAACAGGUGAUCCUCCAUGAUGUGGAGAGUGGUGAAACCCUGGACGUCUUCACUCAUGACGAGGCCGUGUACGGACUCUCAGUCAGCCCAGUCAAUGACAAUGUCUUUGCCAGUUCGUCAGACGAUGGAAGAGUCUUAAUAUGGGACAUACGGGAGUCUCAACAGGGAGAUCCUUUCUGCUUGGCUCAUUAUCCCUCAGCCUUUCAUAGCGUUAUGUUUAACCCUGUGGAACCCAGGCUGCUGGCCACUGCCAAUUCCAAGGAAGGUGUUGGACUCUGGGACAUCAGAAAACCUAACACAUCUCUUCUACGCUACGGUGGAAACCUUUCCCUGCAGAGCGCAAUGAGUGUGAGGUUCAACAGCAACGGGACCCAGCUGCUAGCCCUGCGCCGGCGCCUGCCUCCGGUCCUCUACGACAUUCACUCACGUCUGCCCGUAUUCCAGUUCGACAAUCAGGGCUACUUCAACUCGUGUACCAUGAAGAGUUGUUGUUUUGCUGGAGACAGAGAUCAGUACAUCCUCUCCGGCUCAGAUGACUUCAACCUGUACAUGUGGAAGAUCCCGUCCAGCCCAGAAGCAGGUGGACCAGGAAGAGUUGUAAAUGGCGCCUUUAUGAUACUGAAGGGACAUCGGUCAAUUGUCAAUCAAGUGCGAUUCAACCCGGACUCCUACAUGAUCUGUUCUUCAGGUGUUGAGAAGAUCAUAAAGAUAUGGAGCCCUUACAAGCAGCCACACUGUUCUGGGGAUCUUGAUGGUGAGCUGGAGGAUGAUUCCCGCAGUUUGUACACACAUGAAGAAUACAUUGGACUUGUGCUCAAUAGUGGAAGUGGAUUGUCCCAUGAUUACGCCAACCAGUCAGUCCAGGAAGACCCUCGAAUGAUGGCAUUUUUCGACUCCCUUGUCAGACGUGAGAUAGAAGGGUGGAGCUCAGACUCUGAUAGUGACAGCACAAUUCUGCAGCUCCAUCCUGGAGUCAGCGAGCGCUCUGCUUACAGUGACUCUGAAUCCUCAGCAGCUUCCGUACCUCCUUCUCCUGCACAGGUCCCCGGAGAGUCUGAUGAGGCUGCCACUGCUGGGGAAUCACAGAGAUCAAACGAAUCUCCUUCUAGAAGACCCAGGACUACAUCUCAAAAAUUACGACUAUUAGCACUUACAAAAUAUCAAGACAAAUAUCUAGCAGCUAUUGCCAACAAUUCCGACUCCGAGGAUAAUGCAGGGGAAACGGAAGCUGAGAGAAGCGCACUUCCUCGCUCCCCAAGUCCUGAGGAGGACCGAUCGAGCAGCAGUAGCAGCAGCAGCAGUAGCAGCAGCGAUGAGGAGGACACCCUUAAUGACCGCAGGAGUUCAAUACGACAGCGCAAUGCAUUAAGGCAGAAGCAGAAAAUGCAGAAGGAGGAAAAGGCAAAAUUGAACUCUGAAAGUACAUCCGCAAUAAUCGGGGAGGAUGUGCACGAUUACCCCCAGAUUACAGUGAACGAACAAUCUACAUCUGCCGAGUCUUCACCGGACAGAAGAAGUCCUACUAGGGCAGACCGGAAAUCUUCACUCUGCCCUAACAUAGACUCUGUUGAAAGGAAGAUCUACAAAGCUUACAAAUGGCUUCAGUAUUCGUAUAUAUCUUACUCUAAGGGUAAAGAGGGCGAAUCUUCCACUGUGGGUGGAGACGCUGACGACACAAGGCCAGGAACAAGCAGUAGGAGUAGUAAUACCUUGCCACUCGCUAUAGAAAAUGAUCAUACUUCCGACAGUAAAGACUCCUUACUAGAUAGCCUUAACCUCCGGAAGAAGCAUCAAAACGAAAAGCAUUUCUGGGUGGAAGAAAUAGAGAAUUCUUCGCAAGACACAGGGUCAUCCGAGUCCAAAAAACUGAACGGAACUUCUGUCCAUAAAGAAUUAACAUCUUGCUCCGAGGACUCUUGUGAUCUGCGCGACGGUAACACAGUGCAAACCAGCACCGAAUUCAUAGUAAACCAGCAAUCCCCCUGUUCUGACAGUAAAAGCACAGACAGCAGCGUAAAGAGCCAGGAGGGGGAAGUAAAAGAGGAGGACGCAGAUGUCACCUGUACUCGCCAGAGCAAUGGUCAUCUGCAUCUCCACCCCACAGACUCCAACAACAGUGGGCAGAGUUAUGUGGAGCAGGUAACGGCGUGUUGCCAUACACACUCCAGUAUAGACAGCACUAACUCCAUGCAGGUGGUGACACCGCUACACCGGUGCAUGUGUUUAACAGAAGUGGGCUCUACGAGGAGUACCAAAGAGAAUGCCACAUGCCAUGCAGACAAUGGAGGUUUACAGCCUUCCAGUGGGCUGAAAAGACACUGGCAAGAGGAGUGUGAAAAUUCUUCCUCUGAGAAGAAAAGGAAGCUAUAGGUUUGGGUAUCCUCAUAUGGUUGAGGAGAUUCCCUAAGUGUGUAAAAAAAAAAAAAAAUCUGGGGCUAUAUCUGUCAAUUUUAGGAGAUGUAGCCCCGGCUGAGUUUGCACUAAAAGCAGCAGUGUUUCCUUUCAGCAAUUCCUUUUUUUUUUUUUUUUUAAAUAAUUUUUCCUGUCUCCCUCCCAUGUUAAGGUUUGGUUUGGUGAUAACGUGGGCGCCUGCACUGGUGGGUGGAUAGGAAGCGACACCAUGCCGCGGCAAAAAUCUGAACUGGUCUCUUUUCUGUAUAUUGCCAAAGCAAACAAACACUUGAUCGAUCGGAUCAAAAUAUCUGUGACAAGAAAACCUUAGGACUGACCCAUGAAAUUAAAGAAAAUCCUUCUUUCCAGUCUUUUCUCGUUUGGGUGGUUUUGUUUGACUCUGGCAUUUGGGUGAUGCGCUCAUGUAAUAAAAUGUAGAUUCGUUUGUGCUGUUGGAUGUUAAUCCACUAAUGAUGAAUGAUCACUAACGAAAGUGUUGUCAUGGGGAGUGCUAGGAAGAUUUGUAUGAAUGACCAUGAAAAUUGUAUUUGGCUUUGUCACUUUAUGGCAAUUGGUUUGGCGCUGCAUGACGCCAAUUGGCAACGUACCGUGUUUUCAUGGGAAUGCAACAUUGCUAUCAGUUAAUAUGGGUUACGAUUGGUGUAUACCAGGGAUCAGCAACCUCCGGCGCUCCAGCUGUUCUGAAGCUACAACUCCCAGAAUCCUCCUUUCACUUCUUUGGGAGUUACAGGAACAGCUGAGAAAAUGUGCACGCUGGGAUUUGUAGUUUCACAGCAGUUGGAGUGCCGAAGGUUGCUGAACCCUGGUGUAUAGGCCAAAUGAAUUCAGCUGCAUGCCGCAUACUUUCAUACUUCUGCCUUUACAUUGAAAUAAAGGCAUUGGGGCACAUUUACUAAUCCUGUAGAUGGUGUAAACUAAACCCGGCUGUCUAGACCUGCACCAGAUCACAGGGGCUCAGACGGGAUGUGGUCUAACUCUAUACCAACUAUUGGUUGGCUUAGUUUGCGACAAUUUUACGCUGGAUUUGUGGCAUAAUUAUGGUGCAUCUUAGGUCACACUCCAUUUCCCACUAAACCAUGUCCCCCUUGGUGAGCUAGAUACAGUACUGUAGAUUUUUCUAAAACUUGAUGCACCAAAUUGCGCCAGAAUUUUCCACAAUGUACGACAAUGUCUAGGUGCAGUCCGAUUAGUAAAUGUGGGUCGGUGUGCGCAUUAAGCGUUUUUUUUUAUUCAGGACGCUCUUGUAUUGAUAAGCAUAUUUAACUAUGCUUUCCAAUAUAGUUUAAAUAAGGCCGAAGCCAUGUACCACCCGGACUUUUGACAAAAACAAGAAAAAAACUGACUGGUCUGGUUUACUGUAGGCUAUGAAUGUGAUCGCAUGUAUGCUGGAAGCAUUUCCAGUUAUAAUGCAACAAACAUACACAUGCAGCCUUCGCUGCACCUUAGGGAACCUGUCAUCGACUUUAUGCAGCAUA